UCUUGUCUGUUACUCUUGUCAAAACUUUUAAGAUUAAUGACCCUUGCUAAAAUAUGUAGUUUGCCAUAUUGUGGAUGUGCUUUUAACGGGCACUUAAGGCCUCAAGCUUAGAUCACCCAAAGAUCUUCAUUCAUAUUGCUAUUGUCUAAAUAAAGACAUUUCUUUGCCACCCACACCUAAAAGCACUCAAACACAUGGCAAACGUGUGCAUUUCUUAUUAUAUACAAUGCUAACGCGGGAAUUCCGAGAUCUUGUAUAUUUGAUCAAUAUAGAAAAUAAUGCUUUCUUUUGCCACUAGGCCCCGUAUUUCCAUUGGUUGAGACUAGUCAUGUGACCAGGAAUUGGCUGCAAAUUCGCCCAUAGUCCUCAGUUUAGUAGACCCUGGUCCCCAUACGCUAGUAAUAUCACCAAUUAUUAAAGCCCGCAAAAACAGUCGUGGUGGGAGCGCAAAAUAAAACCGCGCCUUUUGGAUGUUAUUUUUGCGCAUUUUUUAUGUCGCUGGCCGCCCAUUUUGCUUAGGCAAAGCGAUGAAUUUUGAAUUUGAGAGGGAGAUUGGGUUCAUCAACAGCCAGCCUUCCCUUGCUGAGUGCCUGACGUCUUUCCCCGCUGUCCUGGAGUCAUUUCAAACUUCAUCAAUCAAGGACUCGACAGUAAUUCCACCUCCUUUCGAGCACACUAUCCCCAGCCUGAGCCCUUGCACAGGCAACCAGGCGCGACCGAGGAGCCAUAAGCGAACCGCCUCUAAUGGCCUCCAGCUCCGGACGCAAACCACUCCAACAACGCAGCAGAAGCAGGGCCCGGCUCCAGCCACGGCCGGUGGCCCCCUUGCCCACGAGUUCCCAUGGAUGAAGGAAAAGAAGUCGUCGAAGAAAUGCCCGAAGCCUGGAGCAGCACCCACUGCACCCAAUGCAGCUGCCUCUCCCUCUCCAGCAUCCUCUGGUUUCACCACCGCAGGACUCGAGUCCCCCACAGAAGUGCAAGUCGGGUUGGACAAUGGCAGCGGUUCUCGUCGUCUGAGGACAGCCUACACCAACACACAGCUACUCGAACUGGAGAAGGAGUUCCACUUCAACAAAUAUCUUUGUCGGCCCAGAAGGGUCGAAAUUGCAGCCCUUUUGGAUCUAACCGAGCGCCAGGUCAAAGUGUGGUUCCAAAAUCGGCGCAUGAAGCACAAGCGACAAACCACGCACCACCGAGAAGGACAAGAAGGCGAGUCGAGCGGUUUUGAGCCACUCGAAGGCUCAGACGCAACAUCGCCUUUCCCGAAUCCACCACCGGAGCCGUCCGGUCCGACAGCAUCCAGUUCGAGUUCGGCUAGUGCAUCCGAGAGUGAGCCGUGCCUUCCGGCUUCCUGCUACAGCAAUAGUGCUGACAAUACCCAGCCCACGCCUGAGAAAAGCCAGCCAAUACAGACCGAGUCGGCAGAUGGUCCUGACACAGCGGUUCACUCGCCCCCGUACCCGACACCCACUGCCGAUAACCCCGGUACAAUGGCGGAGUCGCGCGAGGAAUUGCCAGAGAACGCCUUCACACAGCCGCAGGACGCCAACUCACUAGCGGAUCUGAAUUUCUUUUCCGCCGACUCCUGUCUACAAAUUUCGGACGCUUUAUCGCCCAGUCUACAAAGUUCUCUGGAUAGCCCCGUAGACUUCUCUGAAGAGGAUUUUGACUUGUUUACAAGUACUCUUUGUACGAUAGAUUUACAACAUUUACAGUUUUGACAGACUUAAAAACAACAAUCGAAAUGUAUGCCUAGCCUAUUAUGAAUGCUUUUAACCACACCAUUUUCGAAACAGAAGAGAAAAACAUUUUAGGUUAUAUUCAUACACAUAACUGCAAGACGGAGCUGUAACGGAGACUAAUAAAUCAUUACAGUAUUACGAUGUUGCUUAAGCGAAUCUACACCAGGAUUGCUAAUGUCCAGUUUCAGGUAUUUUCUCUUUUGUUAAUCUGGAUUUUACUUCAUCCUGAAUUAUGGAUUAAUAUGCGGGAACUUUUUUCAGUGAAACUCAAUCGUUGAAUUCUCAGGAAAGUCAAACAUAUUGUUAGCUGAACUGAUUUUAGAUUUUUUUUUUUUUCCGGAGACGGGCGUUGUGCCUGCUGAUGAAUUUUAGAACUAGUUUAUUUAUUGAGAUUCUUUAAUAGUAAAUUACAAAUUAUUUAUUGUACAUUAUUUUCAUAGGUGAAAAUAAAACAUUUAUAAGUGUCAUAAGUGUGAAUGCUUUA